AACAUCAUCAGAAAAAAAAGUAAAAAUACUUGGAUUAGAUGAAGGUGUGAAAUGUAAAAAAGGGGAUGUAUUGGAUUCAGAUCACUCAUGUAAGCGUGUUGAAAACUGCGAAUCCCUAAAAAUAAUGACUGCAGAUAAAAUAUAUCCUGAUUUAUGUUCGUUUGAUGAACUACAUCCAAUAAUUUGCUGUCCACCAACUAUUCAAAAAAUACAAAUUUUAAAUAACUUUACGAAUAAAAGACCAAGCAUUGUUCACGAAAAGUGCCUUGAGUAUUCCAAGUUGAUGAAAAAGUACAAAAAAGAGAAAACUAGUUUGACAGAGUCAACAGGGCUUACAACUGAGUCUAGAGUUAGAAAGAGAGACACUAACUCGUUCUCGGUCAACUGUGAAGCAGAUUUAAAAUCUUCAGUAAUGAAUAUUGUCGUAGAAAAAAACAAAAAUGUUACCAAAAAAUUACAAUACCCGGAAGUUAUUUCAUAUAAUAUUCCAUUGGCUAAACCAAAGGAAUACCCACACAUGGCGAUAAUUGGUUUCGGAGAGAAGCCGGAAGAUGGCAAGUGGGGUUGUGGAGGUUCGCUGAUAAGCGAAAGAUGGAUACUAACAUCUGCGCAUUGCCAAAAAAUGAGUGCUCUAAAUACUGCGCGUUGGGCACGAUUAGGAGAUUUGAACAUAAUCUCAACAACAGACGAUGCUCGACCGAAAGACUAUCGAAUAGUGCGACACGUCAUCCAUCCGUGUUAUAAACCACCUUCGAUGUACGACGACAUAGCUCUGUUCCAGUUAGAAAAAAAUGUCGAGUUCUCCGAGUACGUAAUGCCGAUCUGUCUUAAUUCAGAUUCCUUUUUAGAACCACAAAUGCAAGUAGCUACUAGUUGGGGAAAACCUUCUUUAGAUGCUUAUACAGUUAGCGACAAUUUGUUAAAAGUAGAACUGAAUAUCAUCCCCGGAAGUGUUUGCAACGAUUCUUAUGCCUCAUUUUUAUCUGCCAGUAUGACGCUAAAAUACGGCAUAUUAAACGACAGAAUGAUUUGUGCUAGCCCAUUGGAAGGCACUACCGACGUUUGUGGUGGAGAUUCUGGCGGUCCGCUUCAAUAUAAACACGACGGUUCAAGCUUACAUACUCAAUACGGAAUAAUAUCAUUCGGGACAUUAUGUAGUGAAGAUUCUCCGGUAGUGUACUGUAGAGUGUCAAAAUAUAUUUCAUGGAUCGAAAAUGUCGUUUGGCCUAUAAUUUUUUUUUCGAAAAUGGAAAAUAACCGAUUGUUUAAAGUCGUAUUAAGCAACAUUAUGUUAAUCAUCUUUUGCGUUUUCAACACAUCAUCACAACUAGUUAUACAACAUCUUGGAUUGGACGAAGGUGACAUAUGUCGAAAAGGCCGAAGACCAGAAGAAGAUUAUGUGAGCAAGAGUGCAAGAAAUUGUAAUGCUUUCCCAGAAAGUAUUAGCACUAAUAAUCAUCUUGAUAUAUGUAAGUUCGUUGCUUUAGAACCAAUAGUAUGCUGUCCGGCGAUGACUAAUGAACCGUUUAUAGAAAAACCAGAAAGUAAUAAUGAAAAUUCAAUAUCCGCCGAUAAAAAAUGUCAUGAUUAUUUCAAAUUAAAGCACAAAAUUCAAAGUGAGGUGCCAUUUGAGUCUCAGUUACCUCCGUUGCCAGUUGUGGGUGGCAUACCGGCUAACAUAAAACAGUUUCCACAUAUGGCGCUGAUAGGCUAUGGUGACACCACAGCAGAUGGAGAGGAUUGGAGAUGCGGAGGUUCGCUGAUAAGCGAAAGAUGGAUAUUAUCUGCAGCGCACUGUCAACAGAGUUCUGGGAAUCUGGUGGCUCGUUGGGUUCGCCUCGGAGUUUCGGAUAGAGUCGGUACACUCUUUAAUGAAAACAGAGUAGAUCGGUCCAAGGACUAUCGAAUAGUAGAGCAUAUAAUACAUCCAGAUUAUAAACCACCUUCGCUAUACAACGAUAUAGCUCUAUUCCGUUUGGAUAACGACGUCGAAUUCUCCGAAGAAGUGCGACCCAUUUGUCUCAACUCAGAUCCGUAUAUAACGCCAUUAAAACUGAUAGUUACUGGUUGGGGACGAAUUUCUACGGCUGGACCACUUAGUGACAAUUUGUUAAAAGUGGAUUUGGAUAUUUUUCCGGUGAAACAGUGCAAUGAAAGUUAUUUUUCAUAUGAUAAUCAAAAUUUACGAUUUGGCAUAUUACCUGACAGCAUGAUAUGUGCGGGUUCAUUUGAUGGUGAAAGAGAUGGUUGUUCGGUACGAACUAUGAAAGUUGGUGAUUCAGGAGGUCCACUACAAUUAGAACAUGUAAUCUACGCGGGCAUGUAUACACAAUAUGGGAUUACAUCUUUUGGAAAAUUUUGUGCCGACAAGGAUACACCUGGAAUUUAUACUAGAGUAGCCAAAUACAUUUCAUGGAUCGAAAAAAUAGCAUUUUCAAAUAACUAAAGUUGUUUGAUAAAAUUGAAUACAACUAAAACGUUGAUUUCUGUUUUUUAGAUUCUGCGAGUGGAGGAAUGAAUGUAUUAGUUUUACAAUGA